GAUCUGCGUGGUGUGCUGCUGGUCCUGACCAGGCUGCUUCAGAACCGAAUGUGUUUUCGGGAGGGAAUCUUAACAGCUUCGGUUCCGAGUCAAACACGAUUCGAGUGAGCGGACCCAGAAGACAUAUAAUACUGGGAUUCACAAGGAUCAGUGGUCAUGUCUGGCAUUGCUCUGAGUCGACUUGCACAAGAGCGCAAAGCAUGGAGAAAAGACCAUCCAUUCGGCUUUGUUGCUGUACCAACGAAAAACCCAGACGGAACGAUGAAUCUUAUGAACUGGGAAUGUGCUAUUCCGGGAAAGAAGGGGACUCCAUGGGAAGGGGGACUGUUUAAGUUAAGGAUGCUGUUUAAAGACGACUACCCCUCCUCGCCUCCGAAGUGCAAGUUUGAACCUCCGCUGUUCCAUCCGAAUGUGUACCCAUCAGGAACAGUGUGUCUUUCCAUCCUGGAGGAGGAUAAAGACUGGAGACCUGCCAUCACCAUUAAACAGAUCCUGUUAGGGAUUCAGGAGCUUCUAAAUGAACCGAACAUACAGGAUCCAGCUCAGGCAGAGGCUUACACUAUUUACUGUCAGAAUAGAGUGGAGUACGAGAAGAGAGUUCGUGCACAGGCCAAAAAAUUCUCUCCAUCAUAAGCGGGACAGAAAGAUGGACGAGUGAAAUGAGGGAAUAUGUGUAUACUCAUGCCAUCCUCUCAACGGGACUAAAAGGACUUAAAACAUGACUUGUGUGCCAUCAGAUCCACAACCUUCUACCCACAACCACCAAAUUCACACUUUUACACACAACUCAUCCCUUUUACUUUCUUUUUUUCGCCGUUCCGUUCAAACUGAUGUCACAAAUUCAGUCUCCACAGGUCGCAUUGUGUUCCCAAACCAGCUUGUAAGAAAUGAGAAAACAGUCUUCGGUCAGAGGGGACUGUUUGGAUUUUAGCUCCUCAAUCAUUUGGUGUGUCUGUCUGUAUGCGCUUGCAUGAAUGCGUAAUUUUAGUAUGUUUGCGAAGUUCCCCCCCUCAAAAGUGUGUGUGUGUGAGUCUGUGUGUAUGUGUGUGUGUGUGUGUGGAUCUGGUUUUGGUUGGUUUAUUACGUUGUAUCGUAUGUAUGUAUGUGGGGAAGAGCCUCAUGGUGAAUUUCACCUCAGAAUGCUGAUCUAAGACCAGUUUCUUCUCCAUUGGAAGUGUUGUAUUUGACCAGUCGUGUGGUCUUAGAUCUGUCUGGGAUUGUCUGAUGCUGUCGAUUUGAAGUCCAGAACACUUGCUCCUGUGAGCAGCAGAACCAGAGUCCAAUUCUCUUAAACAUGCUGUACGUUAUGUUUCUCGUUUGUUUGAUGGGAACAUGUGUCCUGUGUUCACACAGAUUGUGUCUGUAUGUUUAAUAAAGCUCUUU